AUGGCAAGAGUUAGAGUGAAGCCUAACAAUGGUGCUGGUGAACUAGGGGGUGAAGGGGUCCGUCCCCAAAUCAACCAUGAGUCUGUAGUUGAGAUUGUGAGAUAUAAAGAGUGCAUGCAUAACCAUGCAGCCUCUAUUGGUUACUAUACCAUAGAUGGAUGUGGUGAGUUUUUGAAAGGUGGGGAGGAUGGAAGUCCAAAAGCUCUUCUUUGUGCCGCUUGUAAAUGUCACCGGAGCUUCCAUCGGAAGGAGGUCCUUUUCCAUGAUGACAACACCAAAGUUUGGUACCUCCAUCGCCCUGUGACAAUUGCUGCUGCUCCAAAUCCACUGCCACGUAAUAUUUUGCUAUACAAUUUGAAGGCCCCACCACUGAGUCAACAACAGAAUGGGGUAUGGUCUGAGAAACUUAGAGGAGGAGAAACCGAGGUGGAAAUGAAACGAAGGAAGAAGCCAAGAACAAAGCUGACAAAGGAACAGAAGGAAAGAAUGACUGCUUUUGCAGAAAGGGUAGGUUGGAAAUCACACAGGCAUAAUGACCAAGAAAUUCGCAAGUUCUGCUCUGAUAUUGGGAUUAGUCGCAGAGUGUUCAAAGUUUGGUUAAACAAUAAUAGAUAUGGGAAGGAAGCUACUCUACCACCCUUAUCAUCUGCAUCGCCACCACCACAACCACCAUCAUCACCACCUCCGCCAAUGUCGCCACUUCUCCCACCUUCUGCUCAAGCUAGCAUAUGACUACAUGUUAAAUCUAUGCUUAGGAAAAAGACUUGUCAAUUUUAACAUCAGUCUUUUAUUUCAAAUGUUUUGUUUUUCUUUGUUCUGUUUUGAACUGAACCAUGAUAACCAUGACAACCAUUUAUGGCUGUUUUUGGCUGUUGUGAUUUUCAGCUUGUAUUUAUUUCAAGUCUCUUAUCGUGAAUUCCUAGGUGGAGUAUGCAUGUCUACCUUUGUUUGUUGGUGUUAAAAGUUGUCAUUUAAUUUGUUUUGCUAAAUUUUUAGGGCAAUUAAGUGAAUUUUAAGAUGGGUGUGGAUAAUUUUAAGCUUAAAUAUAUUGAAUUUUGGUAAA